CCCCGCCAGCCGGCCACAAAUCCGUCACCCAGGUAGGUGCCCCGCGGAUGCUCCAAGGGCCGUCUGCAGGGGACAGCUGCGGUGUCCCCUUGCUGACACCAUCGCCAGGGCGCACUUUGAAGGGCUUAGCGAUCGGCAGGUGCCAGACAGAAUUAGCCAGGUGCCUCUCCUUAUGAAUGUCCUGCCCGUGCUCUCCUCCUGCCUUCCAUCCUUUCCCCGCAUCAGCCUCUGUCCCCCCGACUGCGGCAUUUCUCAACCUGCUCCUGCUCCGCCAGCCCUGUCCCCUUCUCCCUCCUGCUGCCAGCCUUGGCAGGAACGCCGGCAGCUUGGUCUCGCUGCCAGGGAUGUCUUCAUCCCCGCUUAUCCCUGCGCUGCUGCCCAGGACUGAUGGUUCCUGCGCAAGGUGAGAGGGCUCUGUUUGCUUUGUGUGCUCCUCUCAUCCCACUGGGAUCAUCCCCAGGGUGGGCUCCGGAGUUCAUGUGUUUGCAGGGUUCCUUGCUCCCUGGUCGUGACCUCACAACCGGCAUGGUGAUGUCACGGAGCAAGGACACGGAGAUGCUGGGCUCUCCUUUCGCUACAAUCUCUGUUCCAUCCCACACAAAACCCCACUGAUCUAAAUGGAGAGCCUUUAGUGACAUCCUGCUCCCUGCAUGUGUCGCUGAGGCUGCAGAAGGCUUUGUCAUUGUCACCCAACCCAGCUGAGGACAGGUUGCAUCCUCCUGUUUGUCAUCCUGAAAUCAUGCCGCGGCCGCUCAGCAUCUCUGAGAGCAUGGAGAGGGCCUGCACUGAGCAGCAGAGCCUGGAAGAGGAUGAUGAUGAUGACAAUGACAACGAGGAGUUCAGUUACACCUGUCCCUUGGCACAUCCUCCACCCCCAUGCAUGAAUUUGGGUGACACUCAGCUGGGAGACGCCGAGUUCUCAUUUAAGCCAGGGUACUCUUGCACGGUGAGAGAUGACGGAGAGAAAAACAGAAUGUAUGCCAAAAGGUUGGCCAGGCACGCGUUGGAGCUCAAAGAGAAUGCUCAGGAGUUUGAGGAACCAUUUUACAAAGACACGGAGAUAUCCAACGGCCUGUUCGAGGAGGAGGACAGCAGCUGGACCAGGACCUACCACCUCCCUGUGCACCAAAGGAAACACACGCCUCGAGCUGCCAACGCGUCACCACGCGGUUGCUAUGACUCCUACCAGCAUGACCCGUUUUCCCUAUGGGCCCAACCCAGCGACCCAUACCUCACCAGCCUGGAGAACACCAGGGGAGCAGAACCCCACAGGUGGCAAGAGGAAUCCAUCGGGGACCGGGAGAACCCCUCGCUGCGUGUGUCCUACAGCGAGCUGUGGGAGGAGAACAACAAGCUGCGCAGGGUGGUGCGGAGCAUGCAGGGCUCUCUGGAGAGCCAGGCUCAAAGCAUGAGGAGCCUGGAGCGUCGGCUGAAGGCCAGUCUGGCCAAGGAGGAGAGGAGGGCCCAGGGGCUGCAGGCCCUCAACCAGCAGACGGAGCGCAGCCUCCAGAUCAUGACCCAGCGGGCUCUGGAUGCGGAAAACCAUGUGGAGAGGCUGAAGCAGGAGAUGCUGCUUCUCCAGGGAGAGCUGGAGUCCUCCAAGGUGAAGAAUGAGAACCUGAGAGUGGGGCAGAGCAUGGACCCGGAGGCGGUGAAGCACAACGUAGAUUUUGCCUUGAAGAACCUCCAGAAGAUAAUAGCGGGUGCAAACUGGUCCAUCAAGCAGCUGGUUGCUGGGACAGAGUCGCUGAAUUUUGUCACUGAGAUUCUUAAAUCCACGGGCAAAAUUUCUGAUGCUGAAGCAGAGAAAAAAGAAUGAAUCAAACACCGUGGAUGUGUUCAACCAUAGCCUAUACAAAAACUUUUGCUCUCACGUGUGUGUGUUCAGCUUGGUAACCUUUAUUCCUCACAGAGAUGCUUUCCUUGUGGCUUAUCUUGUGGCUGGGAAAAGGGGAGGGUUGGUCAAAACCUUUAGGAAAUGUUUAUUAGUGAGAUAUAGCAGUGACUUUCCUCUGGCGCCAGUAUCAGUGCUAAGAAUGAGCUUAUAGAACCAUGGAAUCGUUAAGGUUGGAAAAGACCUCUAAGAUCACCUGGU